GACACGUUCACAUUUCAGUGGCGAGACAUCCAACCAGCCGAGUAAGCAUCGUCCCAACAGAUAGCAUUCAGAAACACUAUGGCUUCUGUGGAAGUAAGUGGAGACAACUCCGGAUUCGUUGACAACUGGCAAAGUGGGAAGACCUUGGCGGAGUGUAACCUCCAUAUGUUGACCUCUGAGGAUUCUUGUGACGUCAGCUUUCUGGUUGGGAAAGAAGGGAAGCUCGUCCGAGCUCACCGAUAUGUUCUGUCGAGUCGGAGUUGUGUGUUCUACGCCAUGCUGUGUGGCCCCCUGGCGGAGAAAGAGGACAUCAAGAUCCCAGAUGUGGAGGAGGAACUAUUCUCUGAAGCGUUGAGGUACCUGUACACAGACAAGACAAUCCUGACUGCUAAGAAUGUGACAGGUUUGUUGUACCUGGCCAAGAAGUACUCCGUGGGGGCUCUAGAGCGUCUAUGUGUCGCUUACCUGGAAUCGUCCCUGACGGCAGAGAAUGCCUGUGUCAUCUUGGAACAAGCCCACGUCUUUGACGAGGAGAAGCUUUUUGACAGGGCUCUGAAGUGUAUUAUCGAACGUUGUGGUACCGUUGUCCGUAGCCCUGGCUUCAAAACUCUUUGUACGUCGUGUUUUCAUAAAGUUGUAAGUUCAGAUAAAUUUUUAACAAUAGAUGAAACACGUUUCAAUGCUGCCCUCUUGUGGGCUGAGACAGAGUGUAAACGCCAAGGAAGGGAGGUAAGUCCGGAAAACAAACGUCUUGUUCUGGGAGAAACCGUGUACGAGCUUGAUUUCACCCCAAUGGGCAUGGAGGCCUUCGCAAAAGUAGUUGUACCGUCUGGAAUAUUAUCGGGCGACGAAUGUACCAAGCUGUUGUGUCAUAUGGUUUUACCUGGUACCGAUGUGGCACCCUUCAAAAUAAAGCCAGAACUUGACACGUGGGUCACUCUGUAUGCAGAUCGAAUUGACAGGGAUCAAUGUCAGAAGGAGUCUAACAUACUCAUCAUCGCAUGCAGCGAGGACAUGCGACUACUUGGUCUCAGGGCAUUUGGUGAUGACAGCUGCAAAUAUAGCAUUUGUCUGCGUAAAGAGUGUCGGAGGCCGAUAGCGGGCCGUGGUUGGAAGGCUAAACUCAAUAGAGAAGAAUUACCUGCGGUAGUGAGACGUUUUCCCAAUGAAGUCGAACUGAAGCUGUCCGAGGCAUUGAUUCUAGAAAAGUCAUGCAGAUAUGAAAUUGAGGUUAGAAGAGAGUCAAAUAAAAGUGGACUCUCAGGCUCCUCCGUAUUCAAUAAUAUCACAGUUGGUGAAUGCCAGAUAUCAGUUAGGGAAGAACGUGGCCCGGGUCUUAUUUCCAGACUCAUAAUGGAGGAAACGUGAGACAACACACUGGCAUGUAUAGAGCUCCUCAAACAGUAUAGAAUACAUGUGUACAUACCGUUCCACCUCCUCAUGAAAACAGUGAUGGGGAACAUGUCAACAACAACUACUCGGAAUUACUCGGAAUCAGGGAAACCGUGCUGACAAAAUUGCAAUAUUUUCGUUUUCUGGUAAUAUUUCGCUCUACCUUUAUUAUGAGAACUUUUUUGAAUUUCCAUGUUCAUACCGUACAUGAACGUGACAAACACUUUGGGUUUUCUAUAUUUUUUGAAUUAAGAAAAGUCUUAUGUUCAUUGUGACAACUAAACAGGUGUUCCAUGAUUAGAACAAUUUGUGGAUUUUUUAUAUUUUAAAAUUGCAUUUUGUAUAUUUCGAAGCUGGCAAUGUUAUUUGAAUAAUUCCAUUCAAACGGUUAAUUCACUAUUGAUAUCUCCAGCCUUUACCCCCGUGACACUAUGCUUAGGCUAUUUGUGAUCUUGAUAAAGCCCGCCAAACAUA